GAACUUGCUGAUAUGUUAGAUUUAGUCCCGUUCGUUUCGAGCUGGCCUGGGUUUGUUUCCUCGUCCAUUCUUUGUCAGCAACAUCGACGGAGUACAAUUAUCGAAUUUCGGUCGUGCCUUGUGUUUUCAAUAUGGCUACCGUCCGCAGCCUUGUGGCGACGCCUGGCCAUAUCGAAAAGAACGAGACUAAAUAUAUGCAUAUCUGCAGAGUGCUGUCUCAAGGCUUCAUGAUGGGCGCCGCUAUGUUCCUGCCGGCAAUCAACCAAUAUGGGACCAGCUUCUACAGAUAUCUUUAUGUGCAUUUUUAUAGUUGCGACAUGCAUCCAUGUUGGUCUCAACUGGGAAGAAUUCAAAAGAUACUUCCGUCUUGCCCUGGUUGCAAUUAUCUUGCCUUCACUCGUUACGCUGCCUUACUCCAGGACUUCGAUAUAUUUGUUGCUUGAUCGUCUUCCGAUCUUGAUAAUAUUGACGGGUCUCUGCAUCAAAGAGUUCUCUAGAU